AUGUCCAAACUCACGCACUUCAAGCUUCUCUCCUUCGACGUCUACGGCACGCUCAUCGACUGGGAGCGCGGCGCCCUCACCGCACUGCAACCCAUGCUCGACAAGAGCAAAAAAACUGACCUCUCCCCAAAACACAUUCUGCAAACCCUGCACGCCAUCGAACCGCCUAUCGAAAAAGCGCACCCAGACUGGAAGUACUCGGAAGUGCUGACCGCCGUGCACCCCCAGCUAUGCACAGACCUAGGAUUACAGCCCCCAACAGCACAAGAAAGUGAGACCUUCGGCAGCAGCGUAGGUUCCUGGCCCUUGUUCCCGGACACCCUGAACGCCCUCGAGCGACUCUCCAAAACCUACAAACUCGUCGUCCUAUCCAACGUCGACAACGCCUCCUUCUCCGCCUCGAAACUUGCUUCUUUCCCCUUCGCCGCCGUCCUCACCGCGCAGGACAUCGGCAGCUACAAACCCGAUCCCCGCAACUUCACCUACAUGCUUGAUUACGUUGAGAAGAAAUUCGGCGUGACGAAGGAGCAGGUGCUGCAGACGGCGCAGUCGCAGUUUCAUGAUCAUCAUCCGUGCAAGGAGGUUGGGAUUAGGAGUUGUUGGAUUUAUCGACCUGGCGCGGUGAUGGGGAAUCGUGAAGAUCCGGUGUGGGAUUGGCGGUUUGACACGCUGGGGGAUAUGGCGGAUGCGGUGGAGAGAGAGGAAUCUUGA